CUGAACAGUUCAUGUUGGUGAACUAUUGUAGGUGUCCGUGAUAUUUAUCUACAAACUGAUUUUUUUUUUUUUAAUUUUUUAAGCUUGGUGAUAGUAGAGUUCACAGUGGGAAGUGAGGUGAAAUAGGGACCUUGGAAUGUUUCCAUUAAUUUGCUUAGUGAGCUUAAGAAAAUUAUUCACUUUCUUAUGCUUUUUUUAGGAAUGUGUUACAAUAGGACUAACUUAAUGACUUGAAACGGUGUAGACUUCAUACGUUUAACAUGCUUUGGAAAGGAGUGGCAUAUCCGAAAAGUGGAUGUUCAGGAUAACAUGUCCAAUGUGUCGGAAGAGAGAAGCACUAGACAACAGGACAUUAAGAAAGGACUUCAGUUUAUAGAAUCUACUUUACCCUAUCCAGGGACGCAGGAACAAUAUGAGUUAUUUAUACGAGAGCUUGUUAGAAAUCUUUUUAAUGAAGGGAAUGAUGUGUAUCGAGAAGGCGAUUGGAGAGGAUCACUGAGUCACUAUACAGAAGCUAUAAACAUAGCUGAUUAUGCUAAUUCUGAAGAAAUCCAUGUUUCUGAUGAUAUUUUAGAGAAGCUGCAUGUGAACAGGAUAGCAUGUUUUUCAAAUAUGGGAUUGCAUGAAAAAGUUCUAGAAGACUGUGAGAUAGCACUAAGAUUGAAUGAAAACAAUUUCAGAGCUCUCUAUCGGAAAGCAAAAGCUUUGAAUGAACUAGGAAGGUAUAAGAAGGCUUAUGAUGCUGUAGCAAAAUGUUCUCUUGCUGUGCCGCAGGAUGAAAGUGUGAUUAAGCUUACCCAAGAACUAGCUCAAAAACUGGGGUUAAAAAUAAGGAAAGCAUAUGUAAGAGCAAAGCCACCCUCCUCCAAUUCAGUUUCUAGUGAUGUAUCAACUCAGAAUCCUUCUUCUGUAGAAGAUAUUGAGUUAGAUUUAUCUGACCAGAAGCAAGAGAAGGUUUCUGCUGCUUCUUCAUCAAAUUUUGCUUCUGAAGUGUCUAAAGUGUCAUCAGUACCUGUACCAUCUCUAUCUUCUGUUAUGCCUCUGCAAGUGGAAAAGGUUUCUUUGCCUUCUGCAGUGUUGGCAAACGGAGGGAAUGUUUCUUUCUCUAUGCCAGAAGCAUGUUUAGAUUGUGGAGAUGGAGAUAUAAUUAUUGGGGAAGAACUUGAUGAAUUACUUGAUUCUGUGCCUGAUCCAGAUGAAAAUGUUAUGCAAACUACAGGAGCCAGAGGACCUAUUCCUGCAGGAAGCGUAGCUCCUAGUGUACCUUUCUCUGCCUCUUUGUUGGGGACACUACCAGUUAGUGCAGGAUUUGUUCCUUCACCUUCUCUUUCAGAAAUCUUUUCACAGCCUUUGGCUUCUUCGCUGGAAAAUUUUUGUUCACCAUUAAGCACCUUUUCAAUCAGUGACCCAAAAAGAGACCUCUCAAGUUCAGCUUCUAGAGAUGGGACACCAACACUUAGCAGCAAUAAUUCCCCGUUGUUUAUAAAUGGCCCCAGUAGUUUGUUUGGGUCCGAAAAUUACAUGGGAAUUGCAGGCCAAACUAGAAAUGACUUUUCAAAUGUUUUUAGCAGUGCAACUGCUAAUAUACCCGUAUCUUCAGCACUUGCGGGAAGAAACCCAUUAGAAGGCACACAUGACCUGAGACAGGCCUGCCAGUUGUGUUUUGUCAAAAAAGGUCCUAAAUUACUGGAUUAUGCUUACCAUCCCAGUUUAGAACAUAAAUGUAAGAAGGAUAUUCUAAUUGGCAGAAUAAAAAACUCUGAAGAUAAAUCAUGGAAAAAAAUACGUCCAAGACCAACAAAGACACAGUAUGUGGGACCAUAUUAUAUAUGUAAAGAUGUUGCUGCUGAAGAGGAAUGCAGAUAUCCAGGUCAUUGCACGUUUGCCUAUUGCCAAGAGGAGAUUGAUGUGUGGACACUGGAGCGCAAAGGAGCCUUUAGUCGAGAAGCUCUUUUUGGAGGAAAUGGAAAGAUCAACUUGACUGUGUCCAGACUUCUUCAAGAACAUCAUGGAUUAUUUAUGUUUCUUUGUGAGAAAUGUUUUGAUCAUAAACCCAGAAUAAUAAGCAAAAGGAACAAGGAUAACUCAUCUUCUUGUUCUCACCCUGCUAUGCAUGACUUUGAAGAUAACAAGUGCCUUGUCCACAUUUUGCGAGAAACGAUGGUGAAAUAUUCCAAAAUCCGCCCUUUUCAAGUUCGAUGUCAGCUUGACCUGUGCAGACAUGAGGUGCAUUAUGGCUGCUUACGAGAGGAUAAAUGCUUUUAUGCUCACAGUCUGGUAGAGCUUAAAGUCUGGAUAAUGCAAAAGGAAACAGGUAUUUCACAUGAUACUAUUGUUCAAGAAUCAAAGAAAUACUGGCAGAACAUGGAAGCUAGUGCACAUGGAUCACAGAUCCUUGGGAACCAAAUGAAAUAUGGAUCACUUAAUUUGAAGAUGAAGUUUGUUUGUGGUCAGUGCUGGAGAAAUGGUCAAGUUAAUGAGCCAGACAGAAACAAAAAAUACUGUAGUGCAAAGGCAAGACACCCAUGGACCAAAGAUCGCCGUGUGGUGCUAGUAAUGUCUAACGAACGUAAGAAGUGGAUGACCAUUCGUCCUCUUCCUGCGAAGAAACAAGUGCCUCUGCAGUUUGAUUUGUGUAAUCAUAUUGCUUCAGGCAAGAAAUGUCAGUAUGAUGGAAACUGCUCAUUUGCUCACAGUCCUGAGGAAAGAGAGAUGUGGACCUAUAUGAAGGAGAACAGCAUUCAAGACUUGGAGCAGUUGUAUGACAUAUGGCUAAAAAGUCAAAAACCAGAAAAAGGAGAUGAUACAGCGGCUCAGGCAAACAAAGAAAACGGGAAGCAAAUUCACAUGCCAACUGACUAUGCUGAAGUUACAGUGGAUUUUCACUGUUGGAUGUGUGGGAAGAACUGUAAUAGUGAGAAGCAAUGGCAGGGUCACAUUUCUUCUGAAAAGCAUAAAGAGAAGGUUUUCCACACUGAGGAUGAUCAAAACUGCUGGCAGUAUCGCUUUCCAACUGGAUAUUUUAGCAUUUGUGAUAGAUAUAUGGCUGGUACUUGCACUGAAGGAAACAACUGUAAAUUUGCCCAUGGAAAUGCUGAACUCCAUGAGUGGGAAGAGCGAAGACAAGUUUUAAGAAUGAAGCUCAGCAAAGCAAGAAAAGACCACUUGAUUGCUCCCAGCGAUAAUGACUUUGGAAAAUAUAGUUUUUUGUUUAAAGAUUUAAACUAAUACUGAGAUGACACAUACAUGUUAUCAGCUGGAAGCAUAAACCAGAAAAUUUGACAAUAAUCAAAAGCAUGUGACAGAAAAGCUGCAGGUUUUCUGCUUUUAUUGGCAUAUAUUGUUCCUCCUGAACAGCAAAAUAUAGUAGAUUUAGGGGGAUUGAGCAGACCUGUCUAUGCUUUCAUGAAACAGAGUGGUGAUUAAAAAAAUCUGAAGUAUUAUGUGCUUACUCACCUUCUGUUGGACAGAAAGUUAGGAAAUAGAAGGGGGGGAAGAGAGGUUAUAAUAUCUAGGAAGCCCCCUAGUAUCAGUCCUUCAGUUGAAAAACUUUAAGGUAUCAAGGUAUUACAAAACAGAGUGUUAUGGGCUAAGAAGAAAAUGAUGGAUGAAAAUUCUUCAGAUCUUUUAAUGGAGAGGAUUUGUUUAAAACAAAGUUUGCUACUUAUCUAUAUGUAGGUUGCUAAAAAGGAUUUUCUUAUUAAAGAUUUUAAACAAAAUAACCAUUUAACUACAAUAUAUGUUGAAUGGGUAUUUUUUCUCUAUUUGUAUGUUUCAAUAUAAUUUACUGAAAAAGGAUCUUGGGAGGAAAAAAAGUUAAUUUUCGAAAAUGAAGUAGUUAAAAUUCUGUUUCUUGGUCUUUGCUGUUUAAAUGAUGAUUUUGAAAGAUUACACUUGUAUGUCAGUAUUGUGUAUUACUGUAUGGACUAAUGUUGCCUGUAAUAAAGAGAACUUUACACAAAGCUGUUUUCUGCAUGUAGCCUCUCAGGAUUGAGAUUUUUGUAAAAAACAAACAAACAAUGAUUUGCUUAUUAGCAAAAGCUUGAGCACCUGUAGCUAAAAACUUAGUAAGUUGGUAUUUGUGUCUCCAGCUGCUUGUUUGCAGUUUUCUGUAUUGUCAUUAGCUCAUCACAUCACUAAAAUUAACAAAAAUAGUCAACUAACUUGCAAAGUAGACAAGCAUUUUGGAGCUACGUGGUGCUGGGAUGUUUUCAGCCCUUUGGUUUAGGCAUUAACAGCCAGCUCAGCUGCGAGGUCAAUGGUACCUCCAGCUGCAUUUCCUGCAGACCCCAGGAAAUGGAAAACCUGAGGUGACUUUGGACUGAUGAGACUUUUGGCUUUACAGUCAGUCGCUGGAGCUUGUGUUGCAUUUUGGCUUUUCUGCAGAUCAUGCUUUCAGCUUUCUCUGUGUGUUCACUUAAUUAUUUUUUUUCUUUUUUUUUUAAAAAAAAAC